UUUUGCCUGGCGUUAUGUCUGAAACCCUUUUCAAUUUGUGGAUAUGUUUCAACCCAAUCAGCGGGACCCAACUAUGCCUGUUCUUGUCAACAUGGCGGCCUCCGUGGAUGGCUUAAAACUUCUCGAGAAAUGCCCCUCUGAAAAACUCGAUUCGUUAUUGCAUGAGGUGAUUGAUGGAAUAUGUGGGCAUUGUCGUCCCAGAUUGCAAGACUACUCAAGGGUCUGGACUGGUGAAGUAUGGUUCCAAGUAUUAGAUGCUUGCCAGACAUGGAUAAAGAAUGCUGUGAAAAAUGGACUCACUAAAGAUGGGAUGGAGAAAGACCUAGAAAAUCUGCCAGCAGAGAUCCAAAGAAGACUAGUGGAAUGUGUGACAGUAAGACGAGGGGACAUCCGGGCUAGUCUCUUGGCUGAUACUGCAGCCAUCUCACAGGCGCAUCUCAAAGACUUUGACUGGAAACUCAAGCUUGCCCUCUCAAGUGAUAAGAUUGCAUCUGUUCAAGAACCGCUCCUAAAUGUAGACUUCAAUGUCCAAGAAGGAGACCACAAUAAGACAGUGUCUCUAGAAAUGGACAGACAAGAGCUGAAUAAACUCAUAGCUUCUCUAGAAACAGCCAAUAAGGCUGUAUUACAAAUGAAGACAUGAGGGAUGUUUCUGUGUGUGUCAUCUCACCUCCAAUAAGAAUGUCCCCGUAAGUUCAUUUUUUUGAAAGGAAUUUCCUAAAAUUCCUAGAGUUUAUUGUAUGAAACCUGCCUCUUAAAUUGAUAAAUGAGGAAGAUUUAAACCAGCAGGCGCUAAUGUCAUGGAGCAGCUGAGCACGGAUAUUUGUGAAGCACUGAAAAUAUCUGCUAAGCAAGUACAGAUUAUUGGCACUGAAAACAAUUAUAAAAUUUUGUAGAAAUUGUACAUUGUUUGUGGCUGUUCUCAGUGGAUUCCUGCUUUGCUCAUAAAUUUUCUAAGCAAUAUUUUUGUCUUGGCUACUCCAUGAAAUGUGCUCCAGUCCACUGAUGACUUGACUUGACACAUUUGAUUUAAUUUGGGAUAAAGACAAGACUGUUGAUCUUUUAGUUGGCGUCACGCAGGACAAAAACGUCAUUGAAAGCUGGCAAGAUUUUUCUUUUCACCAUUUUUUCCAUGGAAGCUUGGCUAUUAGGUCGAUGAAAAAUCCUGAGGAGAAAUUUUAUAAAAAAAAUUACUCUUUGAAAAGAUUUAAUACUUAAUCAUAAAAUGACAUCAAAAUCUAUUUGUAUGCCUGUCAUCAUGAUGCAUGCGAUAUAAUUAAUGUAAAUACUGAUAAGGAAGUUUGUCCAGACAAACUCAAUUUGUUUUGAUUUUAUGAAUCCCGCAGACGUUUGAUUAAGAACCAGUAAUAAAAUAUCAAUAUUUGGACUGAUGCACACGAUUGACAAUAAACUGACUAAUUUGGGAUUCAUAAAUGUCUCAUAAUUUAUACAUUACUUAUUAUUCAGGAAUACACAUGGCAGUUUACCCAUUCCUAUUGGUCGAGAGCCCGUCACAUGGGUGUUUUUUUUUGCGAUUGAUAAAACACUGGCUGGCUGGUUUUAAAUACUUUUCCAGCGUCCCAUGAAAUUUGGACUCCUGUGAAAUCUGGUCCCUUUACCCUAUUAUUAGUAGAAUAUUAUCGACGACCAGGCCCUGAGCUGGUUUAAAAACAUGCAUGUACUUGUUUAAAACCAGCCAAACACAUAUUUAUUUCCAUGGUAAUACUAGGGAGUAGUGUUCAUCUUUGCAAUAAAAUUGAAGAUAAGGCUGCUUAUCUUGAGUUGCUUUUGAAGUCAAGUUUUAAAAGUUCUUCCACUUUUGUCUCCAAGACAUAUGAUGCCCACUGUCGGGUCUUACAUCUUUAGAAGUUCUAUCGGUCUUGUUGAACUGAUUUGGAUUUUCAAGGAUUUUUACAUAUGACAAGGUUUUUAAGAUAUAUUCCUUUUAAAAUUUCAUAAGUUUAAUUUUGCAUAUAUUCCAGAACCUCUGACCAAAUGUAUGCAUUUGACAAAAUUAACAUGGACCGGUACUUAAUAAUAGACAUAGUAAUAAUAGGUACAUACAUAGCGCUUUUAAUUAAAAGAAAAAAACGCUUUACAUUAUUAUUACCCAUGAUCAUUGGGCCAGUGAAACAUUCCAAAUACAAUCUCAGCUCCCUGGGGAGUAUACAGUUCGAUGACAUGUGAUUACUUAAGGAGUAUUAGUUUGUUAAUCAAUGUUAUUAUUAUUAUUAUUAUUAUUAUUAUUAUUAUUAUUAUUUUUGGCAUGGGAAAGAAAUAAAUGAAGCUCCAUAUGUAAUUGAA